AUGGGGGACACCCCGGCCCGGCCCCCCGACCCAGCCCUCAUCUACAGCAACGUGGGAGAGCUGCGGGCUCACCUCGCCCCCCCCAAGGCGAGCCGAGGGGAAGGAGCUGGGAGAUCCCUCUCUCAGCCCAACCAGGAGCCGCAGCCUCCCCCACUGCCCAAAAAGCAGCUCCAGCGAGCAGAGUCCCUCCCGGAGCAGGGACCAUCCCACCACUUGCUGGGUGACCCCACACCGCGGGCCGGCAGCGUCCUCUACAGCGUCCCACCAUCCCACCUGCGGCACGGGGAGGGGGCUCCCAGCUGCACCCCCCCUCGGGACAGACCCAAGAAGCCCCUGACCAAGUCCCAAAGCCUGGGGGAAGCCUGGAGCAGCCCCCAGAAGGGCCCAUCCCCCAGCCUGAGGGAGCUGACGUUCGGGACAUCGGACGGGGAGCUGGGGCAGCUCCUGCACAGCCCGGCCGGGGUGUGUGGGGUGCUCUUGGGCUGCCAGGCAGCCACCCUGGCCCGGCUCUCGGCUCGCAUCCAGGAGGAGCUGGUCCCCAAGCCGUGCUGCUCCAGCCUGGGGGUGCAGAGCUCCCUGGGGCCACACUGCAGCAUCCAACGCCUGCUCUGCCGCUUCACCGACCGCCUCCCCAGAGAGCUGCUGCUCCCAGGAAACCCUGGAGAGCAGAGCCAAUCCCCUUCCAGGCAGGAGCCAGCCUGUCCUGCCACCCACCCAGUCCUGCAGGUGCUCAUUUGUGCCGAGGUUCCCCACCAGACCCUGGCAGACUUCGUGAAGGGGUCCCAGGAGCUGCACAGGACCAGCCCCGGGCACUACGAACGCCUGGGCUGCCUCCUGCUCCUGCAGCUGUGCCUGGGGCUGGAGCACCUCCAGGGGCAGAAGGUGGGGCAGGGGGACCUCAGCCCCGAGAACCUGCUGCUGGUGCAGUGCCCGUGUCCUCCCGGGAGCCAGCGAGGCAAGGAGGAGCCCCUGGGACUGUCCCUGCCACGGCUGCUCAUCAGCAGCUUCUUCAAGGCCAAGGAGAAGCAAAGACCUUGUUCCACCAGCCAAGAGCAGGACUGGGCCAAGGGCCUGGCUGCACCCACCACCCCAGCAGCAGAUGAGCUGAUGCUGGGCAGGCUGAUCUAUCAGAUCCUGCACGUGGACAUCUCUCUGGAGGACGCCUUGGGGUUCAGAAGCAACAGGCUCCCCGAAAUCCCUUCCCUGUCCAUCUACUCGGCGGGACUGCGGCGCUUGGCCACGCUGCUCCUCCACAGAGAUCCCUCCAGGAGGGCCUCCGUCCCCCAGGCCAGGAGCAUCCUGCAGGUCCUGCUCUGGGGGCCACGCCAGGAGCUCUUUGCCAGGAGCAGGAAGACCCUCCCGCUGCUCCAGAGCUGGGUGGAGGUGAAGAGGGCUCUGCUGCUCCUCAGGUUUGCGGAGAACUCGGCCGGGGCAGGGGGAAGAGCCGGCCUGGAGGAGUGGCUGUGCUGCCAGUACUUCCAGGAGGUCACUGAACACACUCUCUAUCAAGUCACCCAGCAUCUCUAUGAUGCUCCCUAAAGCCAAGCUCAAGUUCAGCCCACCCAGAGGUCUCCUCA